UCGUUUGAGUAGGAAGUGGUAUAAAAAUAGGAUUGCCAACAAUUUGAGUGACGUCACGCCAUGGAGGGACAUACAGUUCUAAAGUUACAAUACAGUUGAAGAAAAUACGAUUUUCAUCUCAAACGCUCCAUUUUCUUGUAAGAAAAGUCCAAAAAUAACGAGAUCAGUGAACGACGCGAGUGCAAACCCAAAAGAAAUAUCGACCGUACCGCGCAUUGUGGAUAACUAAAUGUGAUAUUUGAUUGUUUCGUUGAAGUUACAUAGUUACCAGAAUUUAUAAUAUUUUAUCUGAGUAGAAGGAGAACAUGCGACCUCCGUCCAGAUUAAAACUUAACUAGGUAGAUAGGUUUAGGCAAUGUCAAAUAGUACAUAAGAGGAGAGCGUUAAGAGAAAUCAGUGAAAAUGCCUGUCGUGUCGCCGUCAAGGUAUACGUCCACCUCGUCCAGUUUGACCGGCUCAUACCGGUCCACAUUGACCUCUUCGUCGAGUUUCGACAAGCCUUACUACAGAACUAGCAGCGGCACUUACGUAACGUCGACGUUGAGAAGCACAUGCGGCGAUAGGACGACAGAAUACAGAUCCAAAUAUUCAGAUGUGGACGGCAAGAGAGAACGGAAGUCUUCCCUGGUGGAGUACAGUAGAACGUCAAGGGCGCCGAGUAUAACCGACUCAGAUAGCGGCAUCUCUACCAGGUACAGGUCUGAGAGAAGCAAAUCGAGGUCUAGAGACCUGUCCACCACCAGGAGCGAGAGCAGCAAAACGUCCAGCGAUCCACUGCCGAGGAACAAGAGGAAUGUGAUCAGCACCGCAGCUUUGACCAUGUCGACUGCGGAAUUGUAUAACAAGUACUCGCCGGCGAACUACGUGCCUCUCACGCAGAGGAUCAAGGAGCAACAGCAACAGAACCAGAACAGCUACGGCGAGAUCUCUAGGUCCAAGUCCAUCUCCAACGAUAUAGGCAGACCACCCGCUGAUCCAGCUAAGACAGUCAGGAGAGCGAGGAAUUCCACCGCCGCCACCAUAGCAGAGAGACCGGAAGGCAGAAGAUCGUAUAAAGAAAGUUCUCCAAGCUACAGCAAAAGGAACUCUAUGACAAAUGGUAUCAAGGACAAUAAUGGUAACGAAGUGCCAUCUGUCUCUGAGAUACGGAAAAGGUUCGAUUCCAAAAUGACCGUGACAAAACUCCCUGCGAACGAAACUUCAUAUUCCCCGAAAAGUUCAGUUGAACAAUACUUAAGUAAGUUAAAAGAUUGCGAAAAUGGUGGCACUGGGUACACAAAAAUCGUACCGAACUACGACAAACCGGUCCCGGUGCAUUUGCCUUAUGCAGAGAAAAAUGGCUUGAAUCAAAGAUGGGAGGCUGGCUCGACAUCAUCCAGAUCAAAUUCCAACUCUGAUCUGUCUAUAAGUAAAACGAUAUCAGAGCCAGUGAGUCUUGCCAAACCCACCGCGGACAAAACUAACUCCAUGUCCACUUCACUAACAACAAAACUGCCUUCUGAUCGUCUCGCCAGUAUCAAAAGCCAACUAGAUCCAAACAAUCCCAUAGGUAAAAUCUUAGAAAAAUCCACUGUAAUCCAAGUAGAGAACGGCGACAUCGAUUAUAAAAAAUUAAGAAGUAACCCAGAGGUGUCUAACAGAAAGGAAAUGGUAAAGAGCGACAUUGAGAAACAGGUUAAAAAUCCAAAACACACAUCUAACUUCGCUUCAUAUAUACAGAUAUCACAACCGAUAGCCUCCGGUGCUGGACAAAAAGCGAAUAGCGUUCAAGAAGAUAAAAUCGAUUGUCAGAAUGAAAGGAGGACCAAAGUCAACUUGAAGUAUAUAGAUUGUGAACAAGACGACAGGUUGGUACUCGAUAACGACAUAGAAUCACCGAGCGGUACAGGCUUUGAGAAUAAAACUUUUGAGCACGAGAACUUCUUGAAGAAACGUAUAGAGAAAAAUGGGUUUGACGAAAAAGAAUCCAUUCAAGAUGGGACAAAGUCAAUGGAGACCAGCUCUGAGAGCACUUUUAGUGAAGCGACAGAAGACUCUAGUCCUGACACGCCGUCUUCUAGAAGAAAAGCAUUGGACACGAAAGACUAUGACGAUAUCAAAUCGGAGUUGUCGACCGGUAGGAGUGGUCCGAGCGGGCUGCGGCACAGCAUCGACCGGUCGGACUCUGUCACAGAAACAAUUGACAAACAACAAAGCCACACCAGCGGUCUGAACGGUCUCCGCAACAUCGGCAACACCUGCUUCAUGAACUCCGUGCUCCAGUGCCUGUCCAACACGCGGCCGCUGCUCGAGUACGUCUCCGAGGACAAGUGGGAGAUCAACACGCAACUGUCCACCAUGAAAGGGGCGCUCAUCAAGGGUCAGCUUUACCACCGACACUUAUUAACUGACGACCAUCAUAUGAUGGUGGAGCGUGGUUGGGGUGGAACUGUAGUCGUUGGCGGUGUGUUUCAGCGUUCGCUAGCGUGAUCAAGGAGCUGUGGCGCAGCGGCGAGAGGGACGCGGUGGUGAACACCACCUCGCUCAAGUCGCAGGUGCAGAGGUUCGCGCCGCGGUUCAUGGGCUACAGCCAACAGGACGCGCAGGAGUUCCUCAGGUACUUGCUGGAAGGUCUACACGAGGACGUGAACCGGAUCACGGUCAAACCGAAGCCGAUACUCACAGAGAUCGACGAUAAUUUGAGGUAAACAAUUAUCCACCUUAUCUCGUAUCAUAUUAAGGUCCAAUUUGCGCAGUUAGUUAAAUUCACUGUAUUUUAUUUUUUGUUGUAUUGAUUAAAUAUCCUUCUAAUUUUGGUAUAAUCAGAUUUAGGAAUAUCGUCAACACAUAGCUCGCUCCAUAUGUUUGAGAGACUCGAUUAGAAAUACUAGAAGUGUUGGUUCUUUUAAGUACAAAUUUUCAUUUUCAUCUUUAUCGAAAGUUUUAAAAAAAUUUGCAUAAGUAUUUCUAUCAGCUGUUUUUUGGGUGGAUUGCCUGAACAUUGAUGAGAAUGCGCUCUGUAGUAGUGAAAAUAACGAGUGCUUGAAAAUUCGACAGUCCUGUUAGGUCCUGGGUAGUUUCGCCGUUCGUUCGUUUCGCCAGUUCUUUUCAGACAACACUCCCUUUGGUGAUAGUUUAUGCUAGUCAAAGGCAAAUGAACAAGCUAUUAAAUAAAUAAUUCAAAUAUUUUGUAACAGUAAUUUAAAUAAUACAAACGUUUCCAUAUUUUUUUUUAAUUGUGGAUGUGUCCAUUAAGUAUUGUUUGAAGACAGCUAUGUUCUUAAUUAUAAUAAGUUAUAAAGUUUAAUUCUUAAUUUAAAAUUAUAAUGUGUGCAAAAAAUAGAUAGGUUUUAUCAUUGUACUCUUUUUGCAUUAAAAAGCUCCCUAAAACUUUCUAAAAACUGUUUUAAAUCAAUAUUUAAAUUAACCUCGAAAAUGUUGACGCUG